AUGAUGGGCCCGCGGAAGGAACCACAAGCAGCGCUGUUUUAUGAGUUCAGCCUGGAUCGGCAUGUUCCGGCAGAUCAUGUGCUGCGCCGGAUUGACCGAUUUGUGGACCUCUCCGACAUCCGCUCAGUUCUAGCACCCUACUACAGUUCCACCGGCCGCCCUUCGAUUGAUCCCGAACUGAUGAUCCGCAUGUUGCUGGUUGGCUACUGCAUGGGCAUCCGGUCCGAGCGGCGCCUGUGCGAAGAGGUCCAUUUGAACCUCGCCUAUCGUUGGUUCUGUCGGAUGGAUUUGAACGAUGCGGUCCCCGAUCACUCGACCUUUUCCAAGAACCGGCAUGGCCGCUUUCGUGAGAGCGAUCUGUUCCGGCAUCUGUUCAACACCGUGCUGACACGCUGUAUCGCCGAAGGGUUGGUCGGCGGCGAAGACUUCGGUGUCGAUGCGUCGCUCAUCAAGGCCGACGCGAGCCGCUAUACCAAGGUGGAGAUGGCGGACUGGUCCGUGCCUGAACAGGUCUCACGGGCCACGCAGGAGUAUCUCGACACGCUGGAUGAUGCUGCCUUUGGCGGUUCGACGCCCGUGCAGCCCAAGGCCAUCUCUCCGGCUGACCCGGCAGCGCGUUACACCGGCGCCAAUGGUGACAGGCCGUUCUUUGCCUACUCCACCAACUAUCUGGUCGAUCUGGACAAUGCCGUCAUCGUCGAUGUCGAUGCGACCGCUCCGAUCCGGCAGGCCGAGGUCGAGAUCACCAAGGAUAUGAUCUUGCGAACCAGAGAUCGGUUCGGUCUCUAUCCUGAGAAGCUGGUGGCCGACACGGCCUAUGGCUCAGCGCCGAUGCUGGGCUGGCUUGUCGAGGAGGAAGGGAUCGAGCCGUACAUCCCGGUGAUCGACAAGUCCGAACGCAAGGACGGCACCUUCUCGCGCGACGACUUUGCCUAUGACCACGAGAAUGACAGCUACACUUGUCCCGGCGGCAAACAGCUCGUGCAGUUCCGGCGCCCCUACAAAACACCGCGUUCUGGCGUCGAUAAGGAAGGUUUGAUGCGCUACCGCGCCAGCAAAAAGGACUGCGAUGUCUGCUCGCUGAAACAGCGAUGCUGCCCCAAGGAGCCAGCGCGCAAGAUCUUGCGUUCCAUCCACGAGGGCGCACGCAACAUGGCUCGCGACAUCACCAAGACCGACGCCUAUGUGACCGCCAGCUAUGCCCGAAAGAAGGUCGAGAUGCUGUUCGCCCACCUCAAACGCAUCAUCGGCCUCGACCGCCUACGCCUCAGAGGACCAAACGGCGCCAGAGAUGAGUUCAUCCUGGCGGCAACAGUCCAAAAUCUCCGCAAGCUCGCAAAGCUGGUCCCAAACCCAGCGUGA